AGCGAGAGACAGAGAAGGAGCGAGCGAGAGAGAGAGAGGAGCCGCGAUCGCGUUUCAGGGGCAGCACAUUCCGCAGGAACCGCUGCUGCAGAAACACACACAGGCAGAGAAAGGAGGUCAUUGCAAGCAAAGGGGGGAAAACCUGCAUCGGAGGUUGCAACAGACUUUCUUAUAAGGAUGUACCAGUAUCAUCACGAAUGAAUCCCUUCUACCUUUCCAUAACGGUAAAGUAAUUGGAAGUUUCAAUCAGCAGGUAUUUCCCUGCCUUUUCUGACUUGGGAUGGAUAUUUUUGAGAUGCAUCCAAGUAGAAUGUGGAAUCCUUUGAUUUGUGUUUGAGGUGUGAACAACCUCUGAAAGAUCUUGGAAAAGGAUAAGGAGGAACCUCUAUGGGUAACCCUUGGCUGGAAACAAUUACUGGUCAACCAUGGUAAAACUUGCCAACCCUCUUUAUACGGAGUGGAUUCUUGAAGCUAUACAGAAAGUUAAAAAGCAAAAGCAAAGGCCUUCUGAAGAGAGAAUAUGUCAUGCUGUUUGUGCUUCCCAUGGAUUAGAUAAGAAGACUGUUUCAGAACAGUUGGAACUUAGUGUUCAAGAUGGUUCUAUUCUUAAAGUUACCAACAAAGGCCUUGCAUCCUACAAGGACCCAGAUAAUCCUGGACGGUUUUCAUCUGUUAAACCUGGCACUAUUCCUAAAUCUGUUAAGGGAUCUAGAGGAGCUUGUAAUGAACUUCGUAAUGUGGAUUGGAAUAAACUCUUGAGAAGAGCAAUUGAAGGGCUUCAAGAACCAAAUGGCUCCUCCCUGAAAAACAUAGAGAAGUAUUUGAGAAGUCAGAAUGACCUAGCAAAUAUUUUCAACAAUCCUGCCUUUCAGCAGAGAUUGCGUCUGGGGGCCAAACGUGCUGUGAACAACGGGAGAUUACUGAAGGAUGGACCUCAAUAUAGAGUGAAUUAUGGCAGUUUGGAAAGCAAAGGAGUUCCAAAAUACUCCAGCACUUUCCCAGCUUCUCUUCCACCUGUUAGCCUUCUACCGCAUGAAAAAGACCAGCCACGAGCUGAUCCCAUCCCGAUAUGUAGCUUUUGUUUGGGAACGAAAGAAUCAAAUCGUGAGAAAAAACCAGAAGAGCUGUUGUCUUGUGCAGACUGUGGAAGCAGUGUGAACACUGAUAACAUGCUUUUUUGCGACUCCUGUGAUAGAGGGUUCCACAUGGAGUGCUGUGACCCACCACUUUCCCGAAUGCCAAAAGGGAUGUGGAUUUGCCAGGUCUGUAGACCAAAGAAGAAAGGGAGAAAGCUACUUCAUGAGAAAGCUGCCCAAAUAAGGCGACGAUAUGCAAAACCUAUUGGACGACCGAAAAAUAAACUAAAGCAACGAAUGUUGUCUGUAACCAGUGAUGAAGGAUCCGUGAAUGCAUUCACAGGAAGGGGGUCACCUGGUAGGGGUCAAAAGACUAAAGUCUGUACCACACCUUCAUCUGGUCAUGCUGCAUCUGUGAAGGAUUCAAGCAGCAGAUUGCCUGUUACAGACCCCACUCGGCCUGGUGCCACCACCAAAAUCACCACCACCUCCACCUACAUAUCUGCCUCUACACUUAAAGUUAACAAGAAAACCAAAGGGCUCAUUGAUGGCCUUACUAAGUUCUUUACACCAUCACCUGAUGGUCGCAGAUCACGAGGUGAAAUAAUAGACUUUUCAAAGCACUAUCGUCCAAGGAAAAAGGUCUCUCAGAAACAGUCAUGCACUUCUCUUGUGUUGGCUACAGGUACCACACAAAAGCUAAAACCUCCACCUUCUUCACUUCUACCCCCAACCCCCAUCUCUGGUCAGAGCCCCAGUUCACAAAAAUCCAGCACUUCCACUUCUUCUAACUCUCCCCAAAGUUCUUCCAGUCAGUCAAGUGUACCCUCCUUUAGUAGCCUUCCUAAUAACAGUCAGUUAAAGGGACUCUUUGAUGGACUCUCUCAUAUCUAUACCACUCAGGGACAGUCUCGAAAAAAGGGACACCCAAGCUAUGCACCACCCAAACAUUUGCGUCGUAAACCAGAAUUAUCUUCCACAUCAAAAUCUAAUAGCUGUUUCUAUGGAAAGAAAGAGGUUGGGAGCAGGUUUAUUUCUCAUGCCUGUACCUCUGGAUGGGGUGUGUCUAGAGGACAUGCUUUUAAAGCAAUUGCUCACCUCAAGAGAACAACUUUCCUUAAAAAGCACAGGAAUCUAGGCAGAUUAAAGUAUAAAGUGACCCCUCAGAUGGGGACCCCCUCACCAGGGAAGGGGAGCUUGGCAGACGGAAGGAUUAAACCUGAUCAGGAUGAUGAUACUGAAAUCAAACUAAGCAUCAAACAAGAAAAUACGGAUGUAUUUCUGGUGGGAAUCAAGGAUACUGUUACACAGGAGGAUUUGGAAGUAUUUAAGCAGGCUCGAGAACUUUCCCUGGAGAAACUUGGAUGUAAAAGCACUGGUGAAACAAGUGGGCGAUACCCUUCAGUGAUUGAAUUUGGAAAAUAUGAGAUCCAGACCUGGUACUCUUCACCUUACCCACAGGAAUAUGCAAGAUUACCAAAGCUUUACCUGUGUGAAUUCUGUCUUAAAUACAUGAAAAGUAAAAACAUUUUGUUAAGGCACUCAAAGAAAUGUGGCUGGUUUCAUCCUCCAGCCAAUGAAAUUUACAGAAGAAAUGACCUUUCAGUAUUUGAGGUUGAUGGAAAUGUGAGCAAAAUUUAUUGUCAGAAUCUUUGUUUGCUAGCUAAGCUCUUUCUGGACCACAAAACGUUGUAUUAUGAUGUAGAACCAUUCCUCUUCUAUGUCCUUACAAAAAAAAAAAAAAAAAAAUGUCAUCACUGGUCUGGUGAAAAGCUUUGCCAGCAGAAGUACAAUGUCUCCUGCAUAAUGAUCAUGCCCCAAUACCAAAGGCAAGGAUUUGGAAGGUUUCUCAUUGAUUUCAGCUAUUUACUUUCUAGAAGAGAGGGUCAAGCAGGAUCCCCUGAAAAACCAUUGUCUGAUCUGGGUCGUCUCUCAUACUUGGCUUACUGGAAAAGUGUCAUAUUAGAAUAUCUUAACUGCCACCAUGAAAAACAAAUCAGCAUCAAAGGAAUGAGUCGAGCUACUGGAAUGUGUCCACAUGAUAUUGCCACAACCCUGCAGCAACAUAGAAUGAUAGAUAAAAGAGAAGAUAGAUUUGUAAUUAUUAGAAGGGAAAAGCUGAUUUCAAGUCAUAUGGAGAAACUGAAAGCGAAUCCACGUAUCAAUGAAGUAGAUCCUGAAAGCUUGAGAUGGACUCCUUUGUUAGCUUCUAAUGCUGCAGUUUCUGAAGAAGAGAGAGAAGCAGAAAAGGAGGCUGAGCGUCUGAUGGAACAAGCUAGCUGCUGGGAAAAGGAAGAGCAAGAAAUAUUCUCCACAAGAACUAAUAGUAGGCAAUCACCUGCAAAAGUACAAUCUAAAAAUAAAUAUUUGCGAUCUCCAGAAAGUGUGGCAGUGGUGGGGGAGCGAGGGCAAUCCACAGACCAAUCUAAGGAAAGCAGCGAGGAGGAUGGCGGGGAUGAGAAUCAACAGAGUUCACCUCCCCGGCUGACAAAGCCACAGUCACUGGCCCUAAAAAGAAAGAGACCUUUCAUACUGAAAAAGAAAAGGGGCCGUAAACGCAGAAGGAUUAACAGCAGUGUUACAACAGAGACAAUUUCGGAAACAACAGAAGUGUUGAAUGAGCCAUUUGAUAACUCGGAUGAAGAGCGUCCCAUGCCUCAGCUGGAACCUACCUGUGAGAUGGAUGGGGAGGACGAUGACUUGAAGCCUGUGAUUAGAAAAGCUUUUGAGUAUCAACCUGGGCAGCAGAAACAGGAGAAGGAGGAAGAAGAGCAGAACAAGGAGGAGAAAGACAUUCAUUGUUACAGGAGUGAUGACAGUUGUACAAGUAAUACAGAGGCUGUAGCUGUGUUGGAAGAAAGCACUAAAGACAAUCUCGAACCUUUAAAGAGUAAGCAGGGUUGGCCCAAAGGAGUUAAGCGUGGUCCCUCUAAAUGGAGGCAAAGCAAAGAAAGAAAACCUGGCUUUAAGUUAAACUUAUACACUCCACCUGAGACUCCUAUGGAGCCUGACUAUCAGGUGAUGGUGGAGGAACAAAAGGAAGUUGCUGAAGACAAGCCCUGCUCAGUUCCUGCUGUUAUGGAGGAAGUGAUUAAAAAGCCUGUUGAAGUAUUACCACCACCCAGUGAUGAGGUAAAAGAGGUAGAACCUGAACCUCUGUGUCCACCCAGUGAACCAUUUGAAAAACAAGAAAAUGAUACCAUGAAAGCUGGGGAAGAAGAAAGGAAUGUAGAAGAAAGUGGAAUCAAUUUAAAAGAUCAAGAAAAAGACAAAGGAGGAGAGAUGUUUUUGCAAAAAGAGGAAUCUGUGCAUUUGGAUGAUCAGGAGGAGGAGGAGGAAGAUGAUGAAGAACCUUCUCACAAUGAGGAUCAUGAUGCAGACGAUGAAGAUGAUAGCCACAUGGGUUCAACAGAAGUGGAGAAAGAGGAAAUGCCUGGUGAAGCUUUCAAAGAAAUGCUGGAAACUCAGCAAUCUUUUUUAGACGUAAAUGUUCAAACUGGUAAUUCAAAUCAGGAAGACUUAAUGGAAUGUGGUGUUGACCUUGCAGCUGAUGAGUGUGAAAGUGGCCAGAAAGAACUUGCUACAGAUUCAGACCCAGUGCCUGAAUCUGAUGAUGAUCAUACAGAUAACAACCCGGACCAAAAAGCUGGAGAAGAAUCACAUUCCGAAUUCAAGGGAGAGAGUACUGAGACCAUGGAGAUUGAUUCAGAGACUGUUCAAGCAGUACAGUCUCUAACCCAAGAAGCCAGUGAACAUGAAGAUACGUUUCAGGACUGUGCAGAGACUCAAGAGGCCUGUAGAAGUUUGCAAAACUAUGCCCAUAAUGACCAAAGUCCCCAAAUGACCACGCUGGAUGAUUGUCAGCAGUCUGACCAUAGUAGCCCAGUUUCGUCUGUACACUCUCAUCCCAGCCAGUCAGUUCGUUCUGUUAAUAGUCCAAAUGUUGCUCCUUUAGAGAACAGCUAUGCUCAGAUCAGCCCAGAUCAAAGUGCCAUUUCUGUGCCGUCUCUACAGAACAUGGAGACCAGCCCAAUGAUGGACGUUCCCUCAGUUUCUGAUCAUUCGCAACAGGUUGUGGAUAGUGGGUUUAGUGACUUAGGGAGCAUUGAGAGCACAACAGAAAACUAUGAAAACCCAAGCAGUUAUGAUUCUACAAUGGGUAGUAGUAUCUGUGGAAACAAUUCUUCUCAAAACAGUUGCUCAUACAGUAGCCUUACAUCCAGUAACCUAACACAGAGUAGCUGUGCAGUGACACAGCAGAUGUCUAACAUUAAUGGAAGCUGCAGUAUGAUGCAACAAACAAAUAUCAAUUCCCCUCCCACAUGUAAUGUAAAAUCUCCCCAAGGCUGUGUUGUUGAAAGGCCUCCAAGCAGCAACCAACAGUUAUCCCAAUGCAGCAUGGCCGCUAAUUUUACCCCACCUAUGCAGUUAACUGAAAUCCCUGAGACUGGCAAUGCCAGCAUUGGAUUAUAUGAAAGAAUGGGGCAGAGUGAAUUUGGAGCAGGGCAUUACUCACAGCCAUCUGCCACCUUCAGCCUUGCCAAACUGCAACAGUUAACUAACACGCUUAUGGAUCAUUCUUUGCCUUACAGCCAUUCAGCUGCUGUAACUUCCUAUGCAAACAGUGCCUCUUUGUCCACCCCCUUAAGUAAUACAGGUCUUGUUCAGCUUUCUCAGUCUCCACAUGCUGUUCCUGGAGGGCCCCAAGCACAGGCUACCAUGACCCCGCCCCCCAACCUUACUCCUCCUCCCAUGAAUUUGCCACCUCCCCUUUUGCAGCGUAAUAUUACUUCAUCGAAUAUUGGAAUAUCCCACACCCAAAGACUGCAGACUCAGAUGGCCAGCAAAGGUCAUGUUUCUGUAAGAACCAAAUCCACGCCUCUGCCACCUGCUGCAGCAGCCCAUCAGCCACAAAUUUAUGGGCGUGCUUCACAGACUGUGGCCAUGCAAGGGCCCGCACGGACCUUAACGAUGCAGCGUGGUAUGAACAUGAGUGUAAAUUUGAUGCCAGCCCCAGCUUAUAAUGUCAAUUCAGUGAACAUGAAUAUGAAUACCCUUAAUGCUAUGAAUGGUUAUAGUAUGUCCCAGCCAAUGAUGAAUAGUGGAUAUCACAGUAAUCAUGGGUAUAUGAAUCAAACACCCCAGUACCCUAUGCAGAUGCAGAUGGGGAUGAUGGGAACUCAGCCAUAUGCACAGCAACCAAUGCAGACAGCACCCCACAGUAACAUGAUGUACACUCCUCCAGGGCAUCAUGGCUACAUGAAUACAGGCAUGUCUAAGCAGUCUCUUAAUGGAUCCUACAUGAGAAGGUAGGCCCUUUGGAGAGACAGACUACCAAACUGGCAUUUUGGAUUGAUCUGCACAAAUAUCUUUUGGAGAGUACGAUUUCAAAACCAGCAAUUGGUGUGAAUGCAAAAACAUUUGUUGGCACCAUAUAGAAGCUGUAUGCAGCAAAAGCCUUAUACAAGUUUUUCUUUUUUCUUUAUUUCUUGUUUUGUAUUUUGUUUCUUUUUGUUUGGUUGGGGUUUUUUUUGUGGGAUUUAACUUCUCUUCAUUGGGGGGAAUUAGGUGGUUUUCCAUUUUUUGUUUAUUUCAUUGAGCUUGAAGUUCUCUGGAAAGGAAGAACUCUUUCUAUGAACUGCAAUUACACAGCAGCUGAUGGUUCAGAGCCAUUUUAUGUGCCUGCUCCCAUUAAAAAUGUGGAUAAAUAGACUCCAAAACUAUCAGACAGUACUGGAUCGUGAGCUUUUUCUCUCCUUUCCCCACAUGUAAAUGCCUUUUAGCAGUUCUUUUAUUGUAUUAUUUUGUUUCUGAAGGUGACACUUCUGCAUGCCGCUAAUGUCUUUGUUAGUGACAGUGCAUUUUGUAGUACUGUACAAGUGUUGUGCUUAACAGUAAGCCAUUUCUUAAUUUUUUUGCCUUGAUUAGGUUACCCUAGUUUGAGGGGUAAAAAAAACAGAACUAUAUUUUUGUUAAUUAUAAAACUUGUAAAAAAUAAUUAAAAAAAAAAGCUGCAAAAGCUAUUCACAUUUUAGUUAGUUCAAAGGGUUUUAUUGCUGUAUGUUUAGUGUAAAGUUGAGACUUUUCCAUUUUUGUGACCAGUUUCUUUGGGGCUGGGGUAGGAAAAAAGGCAGCUUUCUGUUUUAUAAAUACUGUUACGGUUUUUUGUUGAUUGAAACAUCUCAGUGUUUAUUUGUCAAGUUUUGAAACAUUUUCAUAUAUGUCCAAAUACCUGGCAGGAUUAAAAAAAAGAAAGUAGUGAAUUUGGUGUAAAGUUGCUAUUUUAUGGAAAUGCCUCUAACUUUACAUUUUCAUUCCAUCUGUAGAUUUUUCUAUCUUUAUAAAAUAUUGGAGUUAUUUUUUAAGGGAAAAAAUAGAGCAGUAGCGUGUGAAUAGCUCAAACUAAGCUUACAGAUCGCAUGUAAAAAGGCAAAAGUUAUUUGUGUCUGUUUAUAUUGCUUCCUUUUUUGUAGCCUUUGUACCUGUACAGAGUGACUGUAAGGGCCGAACAGAAGAGGCUUGGUACAUGUAAAAAUAGGACCCAGUGACACUCUUGUAUUUAUCUGUUAUCUUUUUAGUCAGUCACUUAAAAAAAUACCCCACACACAAAAAACCCACCCAAGAAACAAAAAUAAAAACUACAAAAAAACAACACACACACAUACCCCAAGCUGUACAUUUUAACAUAAAAUAAAUUAUGAUGAGCCA